AUGGAGAAGGAGGACACCCGAUCAAGUGGGGAUUGGACACCAGGUGUUCAUAAAGUGCGUCUGUAUUCUUUCCAGAGAUAUACCGCAUCACACGAAAAGGAAGUACGGAAUACCAGUGCUACAUGCAAGAAGGGCGAGACAGCUCCUGCCAGAGGAAGGAGCAGCACUAUUGCUGCUGAAGCAAGGGGACAUUCUGUUGAAAGACGUCAUACUGUUUCUGAAGGAGUCGCAGAGGAUGCGUUUGCAGAAGGUGACCAACAAGGGGAUGUGCCAGAGUCCGACGACGAAGCUGAGGCGAUAGUUGCGAUGAGAGCGACCAAAGCAAUAAUACACUCAUGGGCUGACAGCAAAACCAAGUGGGACGAGGGGAAGAAGAAGGCGGACUUGUAUGAUCUUCCGCUAAUGUCACCAGCCACACUACCUCCCGCCCGCCAAGUGGCUCGAAAACGCCAUAAAAGCCUCAUGAAAAGCAGAACGUCCAGCGCUGAUUUCACGGCCGAUGGAGUCUUGACUGAUCGUGGAGCUGGUUCAGAGGUCAAAGAUGACCCAUAUCAUGAUUCAGAGCUCCAUUCGGAGCCUGAACCGACUGAGAGCAGUGAGGAUGAGGUUUAUCCAAAACCAAGACUUACAAAUGUCCCCAAUGAGGGAGACAACCGUCAAGGUCAUAUUGAACAGAUGAAGAGAUACGCCGAGGACAUCCAUCAACUGAACUUAGAUCCCGAAGACAAAGAUCGCGAUCAUGACUCACGGCUCCAAUCUCCAGAUUCUGGAGAUGCCCUUUCCAAUGACAACCAAGUCAUCAUAAAGGAUUUUGGUUCAUGGAAUCCAUCAAACAAACAAGAGAGCGAUCAUGAUCUACUGCCACAAUCCCUGGGAUCCGACCACAGCAUUGAUGAGACAAGCGACCGCGAGAAUCAGGCUGUGUCAGACAUGGGCCAGAAACCUGACCAAACAGGAACAUCGUCUAAGACUCUUCAUGCUUCCCACAGCAACGAGCGCGAUAGUCUUGGUUCGCAAACCCAACCAUCUGGAUCAGAGCCCACUCUUGUUGACAUAAGUUCCAUCCACGACGCGGUUGAAAGGCAAAUCGACCUAGAUAUCAACGAAACUAAAGCACCUGAUACUACCCAUCCUCCUGGUAGUUCGCAACCCAAGUCUUCUGGUUCUAUGGAGAAUGCAAGUCGUAAUUCGCACCUCAAGUCUCCUGGGAGUGACCAUACUAAGAGUGCUGGUUCACAACCCACGUCUCCGGUUCGUGGAGGUGCCAUCGUUGAGAGAAGUUCCACCCAGGACCAGAGCGGAGAGAAUUUCGACCGCGAAAUUUGGCUUAACAGCGAUGCACCUUUGCAAGGAAACUACAAAGCUAUACCCCGCGACGCCCCAAGUCCCGAAUCAAUCAGUCCCAACUAUUCGAGCAAUCCAAGUAGUCGCACAGAUUCUCUUGUCAUCUCCCCGACUAUCCCUGAUGGACAGCAGAGUCUUGGACACGAGGAGAGUCCUAGCGCUUCCACGGCCAACGCAGACAUUGUGAAUUUCUUGGCUAAAUACAAAGCCAAUUUCCCACUGAUGCCCCCUUCUGGGGAACAAGCAGUCGAAGAUGAGCGAGAGUCCAAAGCAGCUACAGACGGACAGAACGGGAGUUCUCAAGCCAUGAAUCCUCAGCGCUCGGGCACAUCGAGUCCUAACACGGAGGAUUCUCUUCUCCUGUCUUCUGGGCCAGGCCAUGAAUCUCCCGUCAAGUCCGAUCUCGAGAAGGCGAAAGAGAAAGAAGCCAGCCAAGCCGCACUCGAAAUAUUUGAGCUCUACAGUGCCAAUUACCAAAUGCAAAAAGAUCUCGAGGAGAAAGAAGCCAAGUUCAAGCGAGAAAUUCAAAUAGCCUGGACACACCCGAGGCCUCCACCAACUACCCGAGAGCAGAAAUCAGAUAAGCUCGCCCUCGAGAGAAUUGAAUCAAAGGAGAUAUUUGAUGAACUUGGGGAACAGCAACGACCCGUAAGGACGGACCCCCGGUGGGUCCUCCAUGAAACAGAAGUCAACAUGUUGCUCACCCGUGCACAAAUCAAUUACAUCCUAGAGGAUUAUCCCAAGAUGUAUUCCCACGCUAACCACGCUGCCGUCGCUGCCGGCCCACUCAAAUUCGCCCCCUUAACGGCGAGAUGUUGUUAUUACCGCGGAAUGGCCUCCUACUAUUACCGCGCAUUCACCGAGGCAAAGGACGAUUUCCUGGAGUCUCGAGGCUGCGCCGGGCGCUAUGGAAUCCUGAGUGAGAAUAUCGAGAGAUUUAUCGACAGUAUAGACAAAGCAGAUGAUCCGGAAACGGCCGUACUCGUGCGAGUCCCAGCUCGAAAGUUCACAGAGGUCCGCACGUUCAAGCAGAGAAGAAGAGCCCGGAGCACAAAUGUGGACAACAAGAAUGAGCCCUUGCCAUCAACCGCAGACGAUGCGACGACUCUGGUUGGAGGCUCGCCAAGAUCCCCAGAAGACAGAGCCAUGGGGCUGGCCCCGUUCAGCUCAGCCAACGAAGAGAAGCACUCUGCUGGACCGUCCCGCGGGGACGCCAAUGCCCAAAGCCAAACCUUGCACAGGCCUGAUCACCUGGGUGGAUUCCCACUCGAUGGUGAUCCGCAACCCGGUACUGAAGAUGUUCCAAAUUACAAACCCCAGGAGGAAGCCAUCUCAGAAGAGAUCCGCAAGGACAUCUUCGAGAGCAAAGCCCAGAGCUUGAACCCUGUCAGUGAGGCAGGUCCAACAGAAGCAAAUCCCCAAGCGAGGGUAACAUUGUCUCCACCGUCUAUGGCGAGUACUGAGCGGACUUUGCUCGGAAGCAACACCACUCAGGAAACCACGAGGCGUGUGCCUCGGCCGCACGUUGCUCCCAUAACCACGUCAUUCGCAACAGCGAGAAACAACACCGCAAGAGAGGCUUCAGCGGAGGCCACCCCUGCUUCAGGUUACACGGAUGAGGGGAAUUCGGCUGAAAUAUAUGCGGCAUUUGGUGGAAAGCCUCGAGAGGACGCUACUCCAAAUUCUGCAGAAUCAUCAAAUGUAUCAAAUUUCGGAUGGUGA